GUUUUCUGUUGUUGUCCUGUUUUGAAAGCCCGCUGUCCUGGCGCCCGGCACCCUGUCUCUAUCUCUCUCUCUUUCUCUUUUCCCUUUCUCUUUUUCCUCUCUCCCUCUGCCUUCCACUCGCUCUCCUUCCAGAGUGGAACUCUUCAACACAGCCUCCUGAAAGCUCCGCAGCUUCAUCUUUUUUUGGGGGGGAGCUCCACAAGAAGCCACACACACCAUGUUGACCUUUUGGGCGCUGGCGUCGGUCAUCCUCUUGGGAAUAGUGCCAGAGCGGUCCCAGGCCAUUGUGAUCUACACAGGCUGGGAGCGCCAUGCCCUGGUGGGCUCUGACAUCCGGCUGUCCUGCUCCUUCUUCUCCUGGCGCUGGACCUCUGAGGACGUCACCUUCUCCUGGACAUACAGGCCUGAUGGCUCCCGGGACAGCAUCUCUAUCUUCCACUACACCGGCGGCAUGCCAUACCUUGACAACAAGGGACCGUUCAGGGACAGACUGGAAUUUGUGGGGAACCCUGGUCGCCGCGACGGAUCCAUUCUGCUGAAGAACCUGGACUUUGGCGACAACGGGACCUUCACCUGCGAUGCCAAGAACCCCCCUGACAUAGUUGGCAGGCCCUCAAGUGUUCGGCUGCUGGUCUUUGAGAAGGUGCCCAUCCAGGCCGGGGUGAUCACCGGCGCUAUCAUCGGUGUGGUGCUUGGCCUGCUGGUGCUCAUCGUGGUGAUCUACUACCUGAUGAGGUUCCUGGUGGCACGUCGGGUCUUCAGCCUCAGCGUCAGCAAACAUGGCAAGAAAAAGAAAGAGGGAUCACAGCAGAGACAGGGCCCCACGCCUCCUGCUGACCCCUCCAAGGUGAAGGCGGCCGCCUCGGAGAAGAAGAAGCAGGAGUCACGCAGGGAUAAGAAAUAGGAUACGGGGAAGGGCUGGGGCGCGCUAGCCGGCCGGCUGCUCCAGUCCGUACGCCCAGUGUCCAGGCACGGGAAGCAGCAGCAGCAGCAAAAAACCCUAGUCAGGAAGACGGUGAGAGUAGGAGGAGGAGGAGGCGGGGAGGAGGGCAUGGGCCGCGUGCUGAUGACCAUUGAUCUGGAGCUCACCCGCACGAACAGGGUGGAGGAGGGCGCCGCUGCCACUGGCGAGAGAGCAAGAAGCCUGGCCAAGCCGCUGGACUUCCUCUCCCGCCUCGCCAACACACUCACCUUCAAGUACUAAAGACCAGCAAGGGGGGAGGGGGGUUCACCAGGAUGAGAGAGCGGGAAUUCUGCCCGAGAGAGAGCGAGGGAAUAAAAAAAAAGGUUGCCCCAGGGAGCCCAGCCUACUUCUUUCCCCGCCACAAACACACCAUAAAAACAAAACAAAAAUAAAACCCAGAGACCCCGAGAAAAUGAGUCAAAUCACAUCUGCUCUGGUCACAGGCAAAGAGAGGCCGCACUGAGUCAAGUGAUAUGGGCUGCGAUCUGUGAUGUUGUGAUAAUCUAUUACACUAGCUGGCAUCCGCCAAAUGCUUUUUUCUUUCUUGUCAGGUCAUAAGAUAUGCCACUUGAAGCGAGACCCCGAGACUGCUGAGUUUGAUAACAAAAUCUAAAAAGCUGUUCCCCCAGUUUUUGCCUUUUUGGUUCCUUUCAAUAUGAUCCUAUCCAAUGAAAAAGCUCUCUUCAGUGCGUCUGAUACGCAUCACGGCUCUCCGGCAAGCGAGGACAAGCCAAUUUGCUCUUUCAGAGACGACGUGUCAAACUCUAACUUUCUCCCCUUAUGCUAAUCUUCAUUCACUUUUUUCUUCCCCCUUACCCUACUCCCCCCGCCACCCUUUUUUUAUCCUCUAUCACUGUGAAUGCUCCACCCAACUCUCUUUUAAUUCAAAUUAUAGAAGUGAUUUAUAUGCUAACGGCUCUAUCCUGUUUUUUCUUCCUCUCUUCUUUCCUUCUCUCUUUUCUUUCUUUCUCCUGUAGAUAAAGGUCUGACUUCUUCAUGACUGCCUCCACUCCUCUACUCUGCUCCCUCCUUUUCUACCCAGCCUGAUGCAGCCCCCAUUAUUCCCCAUUAUCUCCACCCUUUCAAGACAGCACUGGCUGUAAGAAUAGUCCUCCUAUAUCAGUCAAUGUAAUGCAUAACGAUUUUUAUAGCGCCCCCCACGGGAGACCCCAUACACGUUCAGUGGGCAAAAUGUAAAGCUGUUUAAAGCCAAACUGCACACAUAACUUCUUCAAGAGGAACGCCCCACCCGAAAUCACAUCCCUCUAUGUUUAGGCUCCCUUGAAUCUUCCCCCCUCGCAAGUCAGUGUUUACGACCCCGUGACAUCCCCAUUGAGCAGUGCUCAGACCACACUCUGGACUUCAGAGAGAGAGAGAGAGAGAGAGAGAGAGAGAGAGAGAGAGAGAGAGAGAGAGAGAGAGAGAGAGAGAGAAGCGUGAGGAGACCGAUAGAGUCGCAGAGAAAUAUGAUUCCAGCUCUCCGCUGGCGUAGAUAGAGGUUCAAUCCCUUGUGCCUGGGGUGAUUCAAUCCUCUCA